GCCCACGUCCCCCCACCUAUUUGUAGCCGCGCUCCUCCUCCCUCCUUAUCCUCCCAGUGACUCACCCUCCGCUCCUCCUCUCCCCCUUUAUAGCCGCUGCGCGGCGUUUGAUCCUCCAUCGCCAACGCACCAGCACAACCGAUCGCUGAUCUCAGAUCACCUGCUUCUCUCCUUGCUCCGUUUGGUCUGCUCUGAUCGGCAUGGCGACCCAGAUGAACGCGUACGUGAUGUUCCGCCGCGCCGCGGAGAUGAUGAUGGUGGCGCCGCCCAGGGCCGCCUACGACGAGCAGGACGAGGACAUCGGCUCCGCGUCCGACUCCGAGUGCACGUCGCGGAGCUCGACGUCCUCUUCCUCCGACCUCGCCGACGACGCCAGCUCCUCGUCCUCCUCGAGCUCCGGUGACCACUUCGAGAUGUCCGCCCUCAUGACGCAGCUCCCCAUCAAGAGGGGAUUGUCCUUGUUCUUCGACGGCAAGUCGCAGUCGUUCGCGUCGCUGGCGGCCGUGGCCUCCCUGGAGGACCUGGCCAAGCCGGCCAAGAAGCGCCUCAAGCCGUCGCGGAGCUGUGAGGGCGGCCUUGACGCGCACCGUGGCAGGUUCCUCUCGCUGCGCCGGCAUUGCCCCAAGGCCGCCGCCGCAAGGAAGGCGUCCGCGAGGGCCGCCCUCUCAGUGCUUGGCACCUCGCCGAGGACGGCGAGGCUGGCCGCCAACGCCCUCAUCUUUAGCUAGGAGUUUCUGGCUGUACUACGCCUUGUUCUGUUCCACUGUUGGUGUUCUUUAUAGAGGGAGAUUGUAUUAGAAACCCACGGCUGAAUUAGAAUGGUUACUUCAAUGGAAAUACCAUGCAACUUCAGCACAUUCUGGCUUGAA